AGGUAGAGGACACUAUCGUCAGAAACGAAGACGCCAAUUAUAAUUUCAAUUUAAACCAUUUUUGCGCGCCAUACAAAAGAGAGCACGUACAGACUCCUAAGAAUCCAACUUCGUGAAUCAAGUUACCUGGUAUGGGUGGUGUGAUGAGAGCUUUCUAAGUUUCUCUGUCGUAUGCUGUGAAUGUUCGAUGCUGAAGUCCGGAAAGGGAAUUGUCGGGACAUCCAAGGAUGAUUCACAGGAAGAUCGGGGUCAGGCCUCAAAUUCAACGUCUGCACAUCUCUGACAACAUUCAGCUCUGCAAUGUCCUUACACUUGAAGAAAAUGGUGUUCACAAAGACGAAAUCAUCUCAGUCCGUCCAUCAACUGAUGACGCAACUCAGGAAGGAUCAAAAGAAAAUUACCAACCUAAAGACGAAGUUGAAAGACUCCAUCCAGAGAAAAAUGAUGAAACAAGAGCAGAGGGGCAGAGCAAACAAAAGGAAGUACCAGAAAUCGAGGAACAAAAACUGAGAAAGGAGAAAGCUUGUAACAUAGGAAAACCUUGGCCUUCCCGGUCUGUGAAACGGAGGUUGCAGAUCUUUGUCCGGAGUCCCCUUCUUCAUGGACUCAAGACAUUUUGUUUCCAUCUGGAUCCGGAGACAUCCAUCUCAUCUUUGAAAGAUUUAAUAAACAGUAAGAUCAACGUCCAGCCCAAACAUCAGUGUCUACAUAUCCGGAGAACUUUUUGUAACUUCCAGCUUGAUGACUUGCUCACACUCGACGACUGCGGGAUUCAACAAGACGAAACUAUCUUCCUCCGUCUUUCAACUGUCGGCCUACUGGGUGGUGGACGAAAAGAUCCAAAUGAUGUGACAAAACAAAAGACUGGCAACAAGGCGAACGUACCGGCUGGAUCACAAGAGAAAUCUGAACGAAGAGAACAGCAGAGCCCCGGGUAUGAAGCUCAAGACUCUUCAGCAAAGAUGAUGGAAACAUCCGAGGGAAAGAGUCCAACACAGCAAAAUGUAAAAUUGAGUGUCCGGGAAGAGGAUUCUCUCCAAAAGACAUCUCCAGAGAGAGCUGGACUUGGAGUGGGAACAAUCGGCAGUCUAAACAGGCCUCAGUCUGGACUUGGAGUGGGGACAAUCGGCAGUCUAAACAUGCCUCAGUCACAGGAAGAACAGAUGGAAGAGACUAUGACUCCGCAACUCGCAUCAGCAGCAUUAGAUGAUUGGAAGGGAAAGACUUUUGCUGGGGAUCAUGCACAUGAUAAUGACCAACCUAGACACCUCACAGGAAAGCAGGAAAAGGGUCAGAUCAGUAGUUCAAAUCGGAAAGAAAAUGCCACAACACUAGGGAGACCACAGAUGCAGCCAGACGACCAGUGUAAGAUCAGAGCACAGAGCCCUCAGUUAUACCAAGCUUCCAAUCCAGACACUCAUCGAAUACAUGCACUGGUGUCACAUGAGGAGAAGGAAGCCGGACGUCAAGUUAGAAGUGAAGCUACGGAGAGGGGAGACACAACAAAACCUAAUCACCACUUAACUGAACAUAGCAGACAAGAAGAGCCUGUCUAUGCAGACAGGCAGGACCAGCAUCCGGUUGGCCCGAGAAACCUGAUACCAGCCGUGCAAGCGAGACAGCAGCAGACUGCAAAUUCAGAUCUGAGCAGCCAAGCCUUAGCACCAUGGAAAGACACACCUCCAUUAUCUGAAGUGCAGAAAGGCAUGGCUUGGCAGAAAGUUUCAGUGGACCUCGCUGUCAGUGGUAGCAACAAUCCUACUUUCCUUGGGCCCGUUCAUAACCCAACUAUUCAUUUCACUCAAAAUGUGACUCUGCCAAGACCGAGCUCAGAGUCCCCAAGGUUGUCGAUAGCAACAGAUGUAGUGAGGAACGAGCUGAAGGACGACAUCAAUACACUCCUUUUAUUGAAAUCACUGACAAACGUCACCAAGAAACACGGAAAGGCAUAUAUGCUUGAUGUGUUCUAUGCCUUUAUAGAUUCAUUGGACGGACAGGUUGAACAAGUCAAAUCUGGAUCUAUCACCUUUGUUGUUCGCAUCUUGAGUCGCGUUGGAUUGGAGAAACUGUGGACAAUGUACGUCACCGGAGAACUUGCAAUGAAACUGACGGAGAUUUUCAUCACGGAUGAAUUAACAACAGAAGAUAAGACUGACUUGUCCAUCCAGGUGACUAUACCGGAAAGUGACUAUGAACAGGCCUGUAGAUUCUUUGAUGAGCUGGAAAGUACAAUGGAUGAAGUUCGUGGAAGGGAUGUAAGCAGGAAGACGGAAAUCCAUGAAAAGCAGUUUGGAAAGGACAUCUCAUUAACGACCUUUCGCAGUCCUCAUUCAGCUGGAAAUGCCGUGGAUAGAUUCGAAGAGGCAACAAAGGCAUCACAUGCGACCUCAGGUCACGAAGACGACGUAACCAUCAAGGGGGAAAUGCCGCAAAAACAGUUUCUGCUAACCAGCUCAGAAACAAGAGCUUACGGUGGCGAUCCAGCCGAGCAUGCUGCGGAUAGAUGUGGAGAGGCAUUGAGGGCAUUGUACACGACCACAGGUAGCUAUGCACAAAUGAUCAAAUGGGUAGACGACAAAACUAAGCAGGUGAUUGUACCAAAGCUCCUGUUUGGAGAAAGUGACAAAAGAAUACAAAAUUAUGAAGAUAUAUUCCACAUGAAAACCUCAGAGCGUGGUCCAGCUGAAGUGGUCGUUCUUACUGGAAAAGAUGAUAAAGAAAGGUCCUUUCUCUUGGAAAACAUUGCAUACGAUUGGGCAGCUGGUUCCAGUUCCAUACUCCAAAAGUUUAAACUUGUUGUUUUGCUGCAAAUGGGAGCCUUUCAAGAAGAGUCUGACUUUGUUGACACAAUUUAUGAUCAACUGUUGUGGCAGCACAGAGAUAUCAACAAAGACGACUUACUCUCUUUUAUUGACGCCAAGUCUCACGAGAUGCUGCUCCUUCUGGACAAUUUUGACAAGUUACCGUUCCAUGAGCUUGUUGAGACUAAAUUCGGUUCUGUUCGCCAAAUACUACGUCGCAUGGUAGCAAGUGGGUCAACGGUGUUAAUAACAACAUAUCCAAACAAAAUUCAAGCCUUGGUGGACAAAUCACUGCUCCAAGAACCUUAUAUCCAUGUGGCUCUUCCAGGGGUCUUUGGAGACCGAAUUGAGGAGUUUGUUAGCCAAAUUUGCUCAGAAGAAACAGGCCAGGCUGAAACUCUCCUAAAGAGAAUCAAAUCUUCAAAGCAUCUCUCAGAUUUGGCAAAGGACAUGAAGUUGCUACUCCUGCUGUGUUUGGUCUCAAAACACUCUACGCUGCCUGAAACACUGACACGCGUGUUUGAUGAGGUAGUGAGAUACAUAUUCACAAGACGCUUAAAUAUGUCACAGGAAGAAAUAUCCGGAGUAGUAAAUGCCAUUGGUAAGACAGCCCUUGGCGACCAUCAUGAGACGCCUCUUGAUGAGACUCGCCUCGGUAAGACUCGCCUCGGUAAGACUCCCCUUGGUGACCUUGGUUUCGUUUACGAUUGGCAAUGGUAUGUAUCCCAAAGAAGAGAGUUUACAGAGAAGGAAUUUAAGAGAGGGGCUCUUGAUAAGGCCCUACAAGCUGGUUUCCUUUCUCGGCAACCGAUCCCGAGGGGAGAGGUAUCUGAGCAAUACGGCAUACGAUUUAUUCAUAAAAGAAUGCAAGACUUUUGUGGAGCUAAAUACUGCCAAAGUUUAUUUGACAACGACACAAAAAAGUUUCAGGAGAUACUUGAUCGACAUUCCAAAAAUCGGGAGUUCUUGUUGUUCCUGUGCGGCGAUAAUGAGCAGUGUGCAAGACACGUCCUGGGUUUCUUGCAUACGGAGAAGGCACAGAGAAGGCCACUGAUGAGGGCUGAGGGGAAACUCACUGUGGACACGGGUUCUCAAUCGCGUACAGAUUUUGAGUUAGCUCUGAAUUGUUACUUCGAGAGUCAGUCAACUGAUUUAUUUUCAGUGGACUUCAUCGAUUCACUGAUUACAGAAGAAAUGACCAUAGACUAUAAAAAUAAUGACUCCUUACACUCAGUCAUGUGGAUUCUGGAGCACAUCUCGAAACAUGACCGAGGACGUGAUUUUCUUGCGCGAGUACGUUCACUGACCGUCUCCGAGUGUAACCCAGCAAGAUCUAGCAAGGCCUUUGGUUCGUCGUUGGCUGAAAUGAAAGGUCUGUGUUCCCUUCAGCUUAAUACGUGCAUACUGACUGACUGCGACGUCAGUCAGAUUUUAUCAUCAGUUGGAAAGGCAGGCAACUUGACUGAGCUGGUUGUGUCAAACAGCCUCGGCUUGGAUGAUAAUGCAGAGACGUGGGCGUCCAGUCUGAAUACCAUAAUUCACCUGAAAUCGCUCACUUUAAGCUCAUGUAAUAUAAAUGCGCAAGAUUUCACGCAUGUUGCGAGAUGGCUGGUGGAACCAUUAGAUCUAACGUAUCUCAACCUGUCAAACAAUGGGGAAUUGGGUGGCACUGCAAACGUAUGGGCCCUCCACUUGAAAUUUCUUAAGAGCCUCAAGAAACUUGAUUUGAGUUCGUGUGAAAUUGAGAAACAAGACAUGAAGUACAUCACUGCAUCGGUUGGAGUAUUGCAACAUUUAUACGAUCUUGACCUCUCAGGUAACAAGGCUUUAGGUGGCUGCGCAGGCGCAUGGGCGACUAGUUUGAAGAACAUGGUUCACCUGGAGACGUUAAGAAUGGCGAAUUGCAACACAGACAGGCGCGAUGUCACUCACCUAGUAAAGACAAUCAGUCUUAUGGCCAAUUUGAUGGAAUUUGAUUUUGGUAGUGGUGAGGCAGAGCUGCGAGUCUGUUCAUCGGACGAGGGCACACGACUGACAAUUGGAAAGUUCUCAUUUUUUGUCACGGAUGUGGUGGAGAUUUUACAGUCAUUGAGCAAUCGGGAGGAUUUAGUCGCUGUGACCCUCCACGACAUUUACGGUGUGAGUGGCUCCGCGGCCUUUUGGGCCUCCAACUUGAAAAAGCUGACACACCUCGGGGAGUUAAAUCUCAGUGCGUGUAUUCUGCUGAGCACAGAUAUUGGACACCUUGCUGCGGCCGUGAGUCAAAUGCCCGCCCUGAAAGAACUCAAAUUGGAGGGCAACUUGCAUUUGGGGGGCUCAGGGAGAGAGUGGGCUCCCAGUCUGACGGAAAUGGUCCACAUUCUUAGUCUUAGACUGGGUUCGUGUGAUCUGCAAAGCGCCGACAUUCCACACAUUGCUGCCGCCCUAAGUCGACUACCAAAUUUGCAAAACGUCGACCUCAGAGGGAAUAAACUCUUACGUGGUUCUGCAGAAACGUGGGCUCCUAGUUUGAAAGAAAUGGAGCAUGUUCGUUUGAUAGAAUUGGGUGGUUGUUCAUUAACGGAUGAAGAUUUGGAACACGUUUCUAAGGUAAAGAGAAGUGGUGUCAACCUUGAGACCGAUUAAAGAGACAUGGUCUUGGGACACCUCGUUCAAUAAAGGUUCCCACGUCAUGUAUCUUUCCUGCUAAUUCAAGGGCUUAAAAGCCAACCUUCCCUCGGAUCAAGUCUUGAGACACUCAUAUAAUAAGUGCUGUAUAAACUGCUAUGUAUAUCGAGUUCAACGUCACACUGAAAAUCCGUACCAAAAUGAAAGAAAACUGCCAGGAAUCCAGUCACUAGUCACCGACACUAGUGUUUUAUAAGAGAAAAACAUAACCAUAUUAAGAACUCUGCACUUGAUAAAAUUUUGCACUUCACCAUGUCCCAUGCCACACGCUCUCUUCCCAGUAAAAAGUGGCAACUUUGGCCAAGUACGAUCUGGAUGAAGUAGAAUAUUGAUUUGUUGCCAAUGAAAAAUGUACGUUCUAUAAAGUGAAUACUUUGUGCUAAUAAAAUAAACGUUUUGAAUAAUGCAAGCAUGAAAUAAUGAAAUUAAGGAAUUACAGGUUAUAGACUACAAUGUAAGAUAUGGUUAUGAGUGAAUAAGGAACAAAUCGACUAAGAACGAGAAUAGUAAUUAGGCCCAUGCUACAUUUAUAUUUCGAAAGGUAAGGAAUGUAGGAUUUACCGAUCAAACACAACGUGUAAGAGGUUGUUUUAUGUGAAUUAUAAAGAACUUCAUUUUACACUGACAUUGUGUGAAUGAAUUCUCAGCAAUUACAGCUCUAUAUCAGAAGUUUACUUUUUUUUCGUUAGCAACGCGCCAUUGAGAAAGGGCUGCCAAAGGUAAAUAGAAAAGUAAAUGAAGUUCGUUGGUGUCAAACUAGGCACUAAACGUCGCGCUUCCUUCACAUCAGUACUUUAGAUCGUGUAGGCUUCACCAUUUUAUACAUAUAUGUAUAUUUUGAAGGUAAACGGUAUAUUGGUGAGUUGUGGACAAUAACAGGGAAGAUGUGCCAGAUGUGAUGCCCUUUUUACACAUAACUUACUUUCAGUGCUUGUAUAUUAUUACGACUGCAUGGGACCUAUCUUAAUUAUUUGAAGACAGUUUGUAAUGCUCUACUACAUUUGGGCCGUUUUGACUAGCACAAAGGGGUUGGCGGAGGGACAGUCAAGUGAAAGUGUAAUAGUGCUGAUAUGUUUAUGUAAUCUUUGCCCGUAUUAUUUUCAUACUAACUUUUAAAAUAUUUCAAAUUAUAUUAUCAUAAUGGUGACCACUGGUGUUGGUGUUGAUUGUCUUUCUGUUUGAAACACUGUUUCCGUAAAGUACCCGGCUUUGUAUAGUAAUCGAUAUAAACGAUACAAAGGGAACACAUGGGACUUUGACAAGAGCUUUACAUUGAUGCAGUUUGAAAUUUAAUACAUUUUGUCAGAUUUGAUUAAUUUUGAGAUAAUGUAGAAAAUUUUGUAACAACAAUUUUACAUUUCGUCUUAUUCGAGGCCAAGAAUAUUUGAAUAACGUCAUUUUUCUGAAUCAGUGUCUGUUAAAAUUAAUUUUGUCGCCGAAAUGAAGUACAUGUAUAUUA